AGCUGUGGUCAGUCUGAUCGUUGCUCCUCGCCAUAGGUGUCUGGGAAUAAAAGCAUGGAGCUGGACACAGAGAUGCGCUCUCGUAGCUCCGCCCCUGAAUAACAUCACCAUCAUCAUCAUCAUCAUCAUCAUCAUCACAGUCGGAAAGGAAGAACUGGAGGGCACGAGAGAGGACGCACGCGGACUGUCAACCUGCUGCACGUUCAUCCAUCACCUCUGAAUGUUAAUAUGAGGAAGCCUCUGGUGUGCUGAAGGACAUCUGGAUUCUGCAGAUUUACUGUACAAGUAGCAUUCUCAGCAUGUGCUAAGCCCAACUGUAUAGCGUAACGAGAGAGAGAGCACAUGAGCAUCGAAGCAGAGAAAAUGGCCAUGGCCUCCGACUUGCAGCACCAUCAGAUCGUCUGUGCCCGCCAGCGCUCUCAGCGCUUGUGGAAGAAACUCAGGCCAGCACGGGUGCUCGGCCUCCUCAUCAGUAUUUUAGCAAUAAGUGCAGUGGCCUUCUCGUGGCGCUCUACUGCUCAGUGGGAGGGGCUACACAGCCACGCCCCACACAGGACACUGCUGUCCACACACCUGGGUUACCACAGUAACCUCUCGGAGGACACACCCAUAGCCAUGCGCUCGACCGCGGAGUCAAACGAGAGUCAGGGGGGCUAUCCGACUGACCUGUUCAGCCUGGAGGACCGUCGGCACGGUGCUGUUGUGUUACACAUGUUUGGCAUGAUCUACAUGUUCAUUGCUCUCGCUAUUGUUUGCGAUGAGUUUUUUGUCCCCGCGCUCACGGUCAUCACAGAGAAACUCAAGAUCUCUGAUGACGUGGCAGGCGCCACCUUUAUGGCGGCCGGGGGCUCGGCUCCUGAGCUCUUCACCUCCGUCAUCGGCGUAUUCAUUUCCCAUAGUAACGUGGGCAUCGGAACCAUCGUCGGCUCUGCUGUGUUCAACAUCUUGUUUGUCAUCGGAAUGUGUGCCGUGUUCUCGAAAGAGAUCCUGAACCUGACGUGGUGGCCUCUGUUCAGGGAUGUCUUCUUCUACAUCGUCGGCCUCAUCAUGCUCAUAAUUUUCUUCCUGGAUAACUACAUCAUGUACUGGGAGAGUAUCAGUCUGCUGCUUGCCUAUGCCACCUAUGUGCUCUUCAUGAAGUUUAAUGGGAAUGUAGAGACUCUCGUCAAGGGCAUCAUUAACAGAAACCAGGUGGUGGAAGUGGAGGCCCAGCCAAAGGUGAGUUGA